AUGGUGGCCGAACAGAUGGUGGAGGUUCCGCAGGUGCAGAUUGAGGAGCUCCUAAAGGAGGUCCCGCGGCCAGAGGUGAAGGUUGUGGCCAAGCCGGUGGAGAAACCAGUCAAUGAAUAUGUAGAACGUAUCGUUGAGGUGCCUCACACCACAAUUCAAGAGUGCAUCAUUGAGGUACCCAAAGUUGAAGUCCAGGAGAUUGUGAAACAGGUGCCCCGACCUGAAGUGCAGGUCGUUGACAGACAGGUCGAGAAACUGGAAAUUCAAUAUGUGGAAAAAUUGGUUGAAGUACCACAGAUAAUUUACGAGGAGAAGAUUGUAGAAAUUCCCACUGUGGAAGUGCGAGAAGUCAUCAAACAAGUUUCUAGACCAGAGGUGAAAUAUAUUGAGAAGCGCGUGCCAAAGAAGGUCAUCAAGUACGUGGAGAAGAUUGUUGAAGUUCCUCAGGUCAUCUAUGAAGAGAGACCAAUUGAAGUGCCAGAGCUGAUCCACGUAGAAGCAGUGACACAGGUACCCCGACCACAUGUACAGUUCAUCAAGAAGGAGGUACCCAAGGUCAUUCUUCAGCCACAAGAAAAAGUGGUCGAGGUGCCACUGACCCUGACGCAGGAGCGACCGGUGGAGGUGCCACAAGUCCAAGUGGCAGAACUCAUGGUUCAGGUCCCAAAACCUCAAGUAGAAAUGGUGGAAAAGGAGGUACCAAAGAUCAUUGUCCAAGCAGAAGAGAAGAUUGUUGAAGUCCCACAGGUCUUCUAUGAGGAACGUUUGAAGCACGUACCACAGGUGCAGGUAGCGGAGGCAGUGAAGGAGGUGCCACACUACCAAAAGCAGGUAGUGCAGAAACAAGUGCCCAAGAUAGUGGAGACCAAGGUGGUGGAGAAGGUCGUUCCUGUUCCUGUAAAUCUCGUACGUGAAACUGCUGUGGAGGUUCCAAAGGUGGUGCAGCACGAGGUGAUUAGACAAAAGGCCUCUGGAGCAAUGCAGCAGCGCAUUAUCCAGACAGGCUGGCAAUACCAACGCUCAGCGAGAAAGGAGGAAGUUGUCACUGGCAUCGCGGAGGCACAACAAGGAGGUAUCUAUGAUGCUCCUGUAGCAUCUGUACGGCAUGUCAGUCUUCCAACCAACGAGGUGGAGGUGUCUGCGGUCAUCACAGAGCAGUCAGUUUCCCACGAAGCUCCGGUGGUCACCACCGUCAACCUUAAGCCUGGUAUGUUCGCCCAGGCAUCACCCGGUGCUCGCUCGGAGGGUGUUGCAGCUGCGCGGUCAUAUGCUGUGGCGCCUGGUACUGUUGUCCAACAGUGUGGCGAAGCAAUGCUUCUCCAGGAACCACAGAUUGGAUCUGGGACCAUAACCUACAGCGCUCCUGUGACGGGAUACGGAGUUGCAGCUGCGGCGCCUGGUACUGUUGUCCAACAGUGUGGCGAAGCAAUGCUUCUCCAGGAACCACAGAUUGGAUCUGGGACCAUAACCUACAGCGCUCCUGUGACGGGAUACGGAGUUGCAGCUGCGCCCAGCACGUUUUGCGGUGCAGCCACCUGUGGAACUGCUUGGGGAGCUGGCGAUGUGUCUGGUGCAAGCACUGCGCGAACUACGCGCUCUGCCCGUGGGGAUGCACAAGUGGUUACCGAACCGGUGGCUGGUACCAUCAACACUCAGUCCACUUUGAUGACUCAGCCGUUGCACUACUCGUAG